UGUGGAAACCUGCGGAAAGUAGAACAUGGGGCGGACAGUGUAUAAUACACCACACGCUGCACCCUGUGCAAGAGUGCAGGUAUGUACAGAGAUGAGGGCAACAAUUUGGGUCUUUUUUUGUAGUAACCCUAUGUCUGUGUGUCGCCGCGCCCGCUCGAAGGCCUUCGACACUUCCAACCAGGCUGCUAAUGAGUCAACCUUCAUCAUAUCGGAGAAAUCGCCGUUCAUCAUUCACAGUCAUGUUCCGCACGCAUCAGGCCAAUAGCCCAUUUACAUAUGCUCUGUCAAGCGCAGAUGGGCUUCGGUGCAACAUGCAAGUAUAAACAUAUCUCCGACGGAACGGUUUCAUGUUUUCCCGCCAGUGCUGAGCCUAGACCCCAAGACAUUCAGUCGCCAGCACGACGGAGCGUGGUCGGAGCCACACUCGCGAAGGAAAUGCUGAUGUGUGAUGGUAGUCGAGGUCGACAUGCUGCCCCCUUUCUUGGUACCGUACCCGCAUGCAUGUCGCAGCAGUGCCAUGUGCAUGCCAGCGCUCAGACCUCUUCUCAUCGUCAUCCAGAUGUCAAAAGCGCGCGUGCUGCCCUUAACCCCCGCAAGCCUCCACUGUGCGCUGCUCUGCAAUGUGGACUGUACGCGUUGGUAUGCUUUCACUCUUUCAACAAGAUGUAUUUAUAUGGUACAGACAAAUUUUUAACGGGGUGGGACAACAAAAAAGUACGUUUUAUAGCAAGCAGCGGUAUGGAGUGGGGGUGAUAGGCCGAGACUGAUGCGAAAGCGGAUACGCGGGCGGCGCGGUUGAAAGUCGCGGUUGCGUCCUCCACUGCGCGCGCGAGGGAGCGGUGGGUGUGGAAUGGUAUUGUAUAUG